GAAACUUUAAAAGUUCUUGAAAUUUUCAGAAUUGACUGACCUUCAUGUCUUAAAGUAAUGAUGGACUGUUGUCUCUCUUUGCUUAUUUGAGCUGUUCUUGCCAUAAUAUGGACUUUGUGUUUUACCAAAUAGGGCUAUUUUGUCACAACACAACUGAUUGCCUCAAAUGCAUUUAUGAAGGAAAGAAAUUCCACAAAUGAACUUUUAACAAGGCACACCUGUUAAAGCAGGUGACUACCUCAUGAAGCUGGUUCAGAGAAUGCCUCGAUGACAGCUUGACACUCUUGGCAAAGGGUGGCUACUUUGAAGAAUCUGAAAUAUAAAAUAUAUUUUAAUUUAACACUAUUUUUUUUUUUUUUUUUGGUUACUGCAUGAUUCCAUGUGUUCAUUUUUUUCAUGUUUUCACUAUUCUACAAUGUAAAAAAUAAAGGAAAACCCUUGAAUGAGUAGGUGAGUCCAUACUUUUGACAGGUACUGUAUAUACACAAGUAAGCUGCCCCAGGUCAACCGUUUAGGAGCAACAAUGGCUCAGCCACGAAGUGGUAGGCCACACAAGCUCACAGAACGGGACCGCCGAGUGCUGAAGCGUGUAGCGAUGAAAAAUUCCCUGUCCUUGGGUGCAACACUCAUUACCGAGUUCCAAACUGCCUCUGGAAGCAAUUCAUUACAGUCAUUACAAUAACUGUUAGUAGGGAGCUUCAUGAAAUGGGUUUCCCCAUUGCCAAGCAGCUGUACACAAGCCUAAGAUCAUGCGCAAUGCCAAGCGUCGGCUGGAGUGGUGUAAAGCUCACCGCCAUUGGACUCUGGAGCAGUGGAACCACCUUCUCUGGAGUGAUGAAUCACACUUCACCAUCUGGCAAUCCGACUGACAAAUGUUGUUUUUCAGAUGCCAGGAGAGUGCUACCUGUCUCAAUGCAUAAUGCCAACUGUAAAGUUUGGUGGAGGAGGGAUAAUGGUCUGGGCUGUUUUUCAUGGUUUGGGCUAGGCCCCUUAGUUCCAGUGAAGGGAAAUCUUAUCGCUACAGCAUACAAUGAUAUUCUAGAUCAGUGGUCACCAAACUACGGCCCGUCAGCACAUUUGGCCCGGCCCUCUGAACAAUACCAGAGACGCUAUCGAAUUUUUUUCCUAUUUGGCCUCCAGAAAAAAAAUCCUAGGCCCGGCCCUGUCAAAGAGAGAACGGAAUAAUGGCGAAAAGGUUAGGUAAGAGAAAAAUUGAUUCAGAAUGCAGGGUAUUUAACCUGCAGUGGACAAACAAUUUUUUUUUUGUUCAAUGCAAAGAAAAGGCUGUUUGUCUCAUCUGUCAAGAGACGGUGGCGGUAUUCAAAGAAUACUAUCUUCGCCGACACUAUGAAUCCCGUCACAAAGACAAGUACGAUAGCUUGCAAGGCCAAAUACGAGCAGACAAACUCUCAAAGCUAAAAAGUGGACUACUAUGUCAGCAGAAUACAUUUGUACGCCAAGCUCAGCUGAACCAGGCAUCCGUUCGGGCCAGCUUUCGGGUUGCUAAACUGAUAGCAAGAAGCGGUAAGCCUUUCACUGAUGGAGAGUUUGUUAAGAAAUGUAUGGAUGCUGUCGCGGAGGAGGUGUGUCCCGAGAAGAAAGAUGCAUUUAAUGCCGUAAGUCUGUCGGCGAGUACAAUCACCAGACGAGUUGAAGAAAUUGGGAGUAAUGUAUAUGCCCAGCUGCAGCAGAAGACGAAAGAAUUUGACUUUUUUUCAUUAGCACUGGAUGAGAGCACAGACGUGCAAGACACAGCGCAACUGCUCAUUUUUAUUCGUGGAGUUAGCGCAAACUUUGACAUAUGCGAGGAGCUGGCAGCCCUCCAAAGUCUCAAAGGGACUACAACGGGAGAGGAUAUUUUUGACAAAGUGUGCCAAACCAUGGAGAAGUUGGACCUGGACUGGUCAAAGCUAGCUAGCAUCACGACUGACGGGGCUCCUAGCAUGGUGGGCGAAACUUGCGGUCUAAUAGGACGCAUGAACCGGGAGUUGGAAAAAAGGGGUCUCACCGCCCCGCUACGAGUCCACUGCCUAAUUCACCAGCAAGCACUGUGCUGCAAAGUGUUGAAGUGGGAUUCUGUAAUGAAGGUUGUGGUGUCGUGCAUAAACUUCAUCAGAGCAAAGGGACUUAAACACAGGCAGUUCCAAGAAUUCCUGUCUGAACUGGAGUCUACGCACGGAGAUGUGCUGUACUACACAGAGGUCCGAUGGCUGAGCCGGGGCAGAGUUUUGAGGCGUUUUUACGAGCUGCUACCCGAAAUUAACGCAUUUCUUAAUUUAAAAGACAAAACGGUCCCAGAGCUGAUCGACCCAGAAUGGAAAUGGCACCUCGCAUUUUUAACAGACGUGACAGAAAUACUUAACAGCCUUAACUUGCAGCUACAAGGCGAGGGGAAACUCAUUUGCGACAUGUAUUCACACAUAAAAGCAUUUGAGGUGAAAUUAGCGCUGCUUUUGGAACAAGUGAAAAAGCGCAACUUCGUCCAUCUUCCUGCUACCCAAAACCUGUCCCCCAGCGGUCCCGUUCCCAGCUGAAAAGUGCGUGGAAGCACUGGAAAUGCUGAAGGCGGAGUUCGGUGUGCGAUUCAGUGAACUACAUGUUCAUGCAAAAGAAAUCCGUCUUUUUCAGAACCCCUUUGUUGCCGACAUUGAUGAAGCCCAGCCUUCAUAUCAGUUUGAGUUGGCUGAGUUACAGAACUGUGAUGUUCUGAAAGACUCAUUCAAGCCCAACAGUCUCAUUGACUUCUAUGCCGCCCUCCCAAACGACACAUAUCCAAACAAAAUGUCCACAGUUUUUGGCAGCACCUAUAUCUGCGAGUUUUCUCGCAUGAAACUGCUGAAAACCCCGAUGAGAUCAAGAUUGACAGAUGAACAUUUGCAUCAGUGCUUGAGACUGGCUGUAACUAGAAUGGAACCUGAUAUUCAACUUCUCACCAGCCAGAUGCAGGCCCACAGUUCACACUGAUGAACAUACAUAGGGAAGUUGAUGAGAGAGAGCUGCAAACAGCGGUGUCUACAAGCCUACUGGAACCUACAAAAGGAUUAUAAGGAAGGAACACAAGAACUUUAAGAGACUGCUCAUAUGUGUCAGAGAGAUUCUGCUCUGACAACUGAGCUGAACUUUUAUCUGUUAAGAUUGUGCAUGGCACGACAGAAAGUUAAUGUUCCAUGGCUUUUUUUUCUAUGAAGAACCCAGAGAGAGUUAUUUAGUUAUUAUUUAUUUCCUGUUUUUUCUGUGAAGAACUCAGAGAGGGUUAUUUAGUUAUUAUUUAUUUCAUUAAUAGUGUUAUUUGUUUCCUGACUUUUUUUCUGUAAAGAACCUGGAAAGGGUUAUUUGGUUAUGUGUGGCUUUCUGGAAAACAAUAAAUUUUUUAAGCUCCCC